AUGGUUGUCAUCGCAGUGGCCGGAAGUGGUGGCGUGGGAAAAACUAUUGUGGAGAAACUACUUGAUUCCCCAUUCGAGAUCGUCGUUCUAUCGCGGACAGUGAAACAAGACAACCCUUCAGACAAAGUAAAAAAUGUACAGAUCGAUUAUGACGACGUUGCUUCAAUGACACAUGCAUUGGAGCAACACAAGCUCCACACUAUUAUAUCCGCUAUUGGUCUGGUUUCUGACGAGACAAGCCGGUCUCAGCUGAACCUAAUCGAUGCUGCAGAGAAGUCAGCAUCGACAAAAAGAUUCAUUCCGAGUGAAUACUCCUUCAUUCAGACUGCUAAUCUGCUUUCUAUCGACCCAAGUAUUCAAUGGUGGCUCGACGCCGCAGAUCGUCUGAAGAGCAGCGGGUUGCAAUAUACCAGGGUGAUCCCUGGCUUCUUCAUGGACUACUGGGGAAUGCCCCGCGUGCAAACGCAUCUGCAGCCAUUUACCUUUGGGAUUGACGUAUCGAGUGGCACGGCCGCGAUCCCAGGGGAUGGCAACAACGUGAUCUGUAUGACCUACACCUACGAUCUGGCCACGUAUCUGGUCAAAGCACUUGAUCUUGACCAGUGGCCAGAGUUCAGUGUCAUUGUCGGUGAUGAAGUUACCUACAAUCAAAUACUUGGCAUGGCUGAGGAAUUCACUGGGAAGAAGUUCACGGUCACCUACGAUAGCCUGGAGCAGAUUCAAGCAGGCAAUGUCACUGUCCCUACUCAGCCAGAGGGCGUGGAUUCAUCUUCAGAUGAGCUCAAAGAGACCACUGCACUGGUGAGCAGACUUACAGUCAACGAUGUCUUCGACUUGCCGAAGGAUCGCUUGAAUGCUAAGUUCCCGGAGGUGAAGCCGCUCACAGUGAGGGAGUUCCUCCGCAAUGCUUGGAGCCAAACCAGUACAUGA